UGGUAAGCUCCCAUUUUCCGAACUGCCAGCCGGUCACGACUGAGUGUAGCCCGCAUUGAUGCUUUGUCCAACAACUAAGGGAAAAGGACCAAAAAAAAGGAGGUCAUUGUCAAGGUGGACUGGAUUUGCAGAAAACAGGGUUCCAGGUCCCCUCCAAAGACAAGGGAAUAAAGCUGGAUGUCAGUCUUUCUUUGAUUGUUCUACAUACAUUCUUGGGUGAAGGGCCUCGACCAUGGCAACCGGCCGCGCCCACCAGAAUCCUAUCGUUUUGGUUAUAGAUUUCCACCAUGCCAGAGGUCCUGAGAUCGAGCACUGUUUCGGCGACGAUGGGACGAAUCCCGCGGUUGAGAACGACUGGUCCUUGCUGCCGUUCAUGGCACUGUCCGAUGGAGCGCAUGCAUCCACGGAGGACUUCUCGUACUUCACCCUCCGACGCAAUGCGACCGAUGCAGAGCCCGCGACGUCGCUUUUUGGAAUAUCGUGCACGAGACAGCUCGAUUCGAAUUCGCUGAUUAAUCGACCCCCGGAUGUGACGCGCUCUACGGUCCAGAAGGCGGUCGUGGUCGUGACGGAUAGCCCGCAGUACUUUGGACAGCUAAGGGAGAAAUUGUCCAUCGUCACUUCCGCCUGGUUUGCGCAGCGCGAUUUUACCGACACAGAUAUCUUGAAGAAAUUCCGAGAGGGUCUGAUAAUCAGUCUGAACAACGAGGGAGCCCAGAAGGACCAACAGCAGCUGGGCCUUUCCUUACGAGAAAUGAUCCAUGAGUUCAGACAUCAAACAUUGGUUCUCUUCAAAUGUCUAUUAUUACAGCCAAAGAUGCUCUUCUUCGGCUCGCGAUGCGAGCGACUUUGCAUGAUACAAUUUUCACUAAUCUCUUUGAUACCCGGACUUAUUCAUAAUCUUCAAGACUGCGCGGAUCCCUCUUUCGACACAUACUCCCAGACGGUUGAGAAGCCAACCUCCCUAAAGACGAGUGAGAGGAGUUCACUGCUUGCUUAUAUGGGCCUUCCUCUGCAGAUCUUCGGCAAAGGGAGCAUGUUCGGACCCUAUACGCCGCUGCAGCAGCUGGAUCUGUUGGCAGACCAUGGAACGAAAUCUUACGUGGUUGGCUCAACCAAUUCGUUACUUCUUCAGCAGAAGGACCGCUACAGUGAUGUGAUCAUUAAUCUCGACGAAGACACAAUCAACAUCUCGUCCCCAUCACUACGCAACGCCUUGUCGCUUUCUGCGGCUGACAGACGAUGGAUCGACUUCCUUACGCAGACCAUCAACGAGACCUGGGACGAGGCGCAUCCACAGCAACCAAAGACCCACGGCUACAUGGGAUCCGAAGAGUUCAUUCGUUUGCAGUUCGAAGAAUAUCUGCUGGCUCUGCUUUCGAGUAUGAAAUACCAUGAAGAGUUGAAUUCGUAUACACCCGGCUCAGGCAACGAUUCGGGACGCAGAAACCGUAUGCAGCUGCAGGCGUUGAAUAUCGAGGGCGACCCGGCGCUCGAGUUUAAUGCCGACUUUCUGGCACAAUGGCAGACAACACCGAACUAUGCUCUCUUCAAGCGACUGACAUCGGAUGCGCUGCUGUUCUCCAUCGUCGAGCCCCGUCAUCCUUGCGCGGGCGGUCUAACGAUUGAUGAUAUCCAGCGACGUCUGUCCCAGCAGGUCGCUGAAUUGCACCUGGAUGAACGGGUCCGCGAAGGCCGGGAGGCACUCAACAAACACCUUGCUACUGGCUCGAAGAAGGUCUCUGCAGCGUUCAACAGCUUCUGGGCAGACAUCGAAUCGAUGCGGGAAGCUCAGCGGAAGAAGAACGAGGAGAAGGCUGGCCAGUCUGGAAAUCGAUUGUCAAUAGACACUUCCGUACCGCCAACACCCACCUCACCCCGAGUACCUUCAUCAGCAGCCUCUGAGACCAGACCGUCAUCAUGGUUCUCCCGGAGGCCGCCGUCGGUUGACCUCACGCAGGCCCAGGCAUCUGUCGGUGUGGUGAGCCAGAAAGCAGGAGCGUACUUCAGUUCCUGGAGUUCAUGGGCCAGCGAGCGCCGCAAAGAAUGGCAAGAUAAGCGGGCAUCUGCAACAUCUCCGCCUCCGAUCGCGUCCCCAUCUACCACAACCCUUGCCAGCGUUGUCGAGAAGCCCGAGGAUGAGCGUGGAAGACAGGAGGCCGUGCCUCGCACCAGUGAGGACUCGAUAGCUUUGUCACGAAGCGGCAGUAUGAGUCUGUCGAGGAGCGGGAGCAGGAGAAAGAGAUGGAGCCAGAUGCUCCGACGGAAAAGCAACGAUUCGGACUCUGCGUCUAUGAAGGAUGAUGGCAGUCUUGAGCCUGGCAGCAACGACGUUCCAUUGCCAAAGUCACCUCUGUCGCAGACGAUGCCUGUUUUCCCAGACAGCACGGGAUCGGAGGAAUCGUCGUUAAAAGAGCCAUCUGCAAAAGAAGCUGAUCGCGCUGCAGCUGAAGCUAAACUCACCGCAUCCAGCCCCAGCACAGAGAACAAGGCUUCGGAGUCGAUCCCUAACGAAGCCCCAUCGUCCGCAAAGGCCCCCACGGAACCACCAUCUACCACUUCAGCUCCAGCCUCAUCAGAAACAGAGCUCCAAACCACAACACAACCCACGCAGAACGAAUCCUCAACCUCAACAGAAACCACAUCAUGAACAGAAAGGAGAAUGCCUCAAUUUUGGAAACACAACCUUCCACGAGGUUCAUAGUAAUGCAUUAUUUCGAUUUUCUCUUCUUUCUCACUUUUUCUUUACGCUCCUCCUGAGGCGUGUGUGUAUGCUUUCAUACAAGAUAUUAUUCAUAAUUAUAUCCCCCUUGACAAUUCACAGUAAUUUAUUCAUAACCUUUUUUUUCUAUUUUCUCCCCCCCCCCUUUCAUUCUUCUUGUUAAUGUUAAUGUUGAUGUUGAUGCUGAUCUAGAUCUGACUUUCUUUUUUUGUACAUUGUACCAUACAUUAGAUACUUUGUCCCCUGCACUUGACUCUAUUUAGUCCCAGCAGGAACUAUCCAUACAUAUUAUAUAACCUACCUCAUCUACCUUGUUCAGUUUAUAUAUCAUAUCAUUACUAUACCAUACACUCAUCAAC